UUCAGACAAUGCAUGUUUGCUGUCUCCAUGUUCAGACAUUUGUCUCCCCUCUCAAACAGGGCAUACCUGUGGAUGUCCAGUAAACAAGGUUUUAGAUGUCAACAAAAAAACAUGUAUUGAUAAUGUAGAAUGUCCUAGGAUACUAAUAGGAGAAAACAGAGCUAUAUUGGACUAUCCACUAUGUGGGAUAGGGAAACAGGAAUAUCUCAUAACUCAUAUCAUCACUGAGGAAAUGAAAAAGGUUUCUGUCAUAGCACAAUCAGGGUCUGAGCUACUGUAUAGAGAUGUUAGUCGAGGGGUGAUUGCACACAUCAAGUUAAACGAUUCAAAGCCAAGGGAGAAAAUCCUAUUCAAGAACUUGCAUACUGUGUCUGAUGUAUGUGUUGACUGGAACAGUCGUAUCCUGUAUUGGACAGAUCCUGUUCAGGGUGUGGUACAAGCUGGUAAAUUCAAUGAUGGAUUAAUCACUACUAUUUUAAGAACAGAGAAACAGCAACCAAAUUCCAUUACAUUUGAUCCAGUAGGGGGAAAGAUAUAUUAUUCUACAUCUGGAAAACAUCCACAGAUUGUCUCCUGUUAUUCAGAUGGGGACAAUUGUUCUGCAAUCAGUGUCAAAGUAUCUCUUGUCAAUGACAUGGUGGUUGACCAAAAGAGAAAACGUUUGUUCUACACAGAGAUGGGAGAUCACAGUAUACAUUCUAUUAGUAUGGAAGGUGAUGUCCCUGCUGUAACAAUUCACAGAGGAACACCAGGAGAGAACCCAAAGUUUUUAGCAGUUUAUACGGAUACUGUGUAUUGGAUAGACUCCAAUAAAAAGGUUGUCAUGUCUGUACAAACUGAUGGUAGAAGCAGAUUAGAAACACAAGUUCUGUCAAAGCUAGCUGUACCAAAUGAAAUAAUACUGAUUCCUUCUUCAGUCAUUUUGACAAAUUUAUGCAGUAAGGAAAAUGGUGAGUGUAUGCACUUCUGUUUUGCCACUCCUAAUGGAAGGUCCUGCAAAUGUAAAGAUGGCUGGACUUUACACAGUGACAAGAUAUCAUGUAAUGAAAUCAGUUGUAACAAAGGUAAUUGUGGCAAGAAUGUUAACAUGACAACUGAGAAAGUGCCUACUCAAGCUGCCAAGAUCUGUGGAGGUUUUGUUUGUGAUGAUGGAAUUUGUAUUGGUCAGAAGUAUGUGUGUGAUGGUCAUCCUGAUUGUUAUGACAAGUCUGAUGAAACAGAAUGUGUCCAUGGAAUCAUAAGUCGAGGGUCACCUAAUGAAAGGUGUGAUCAAGUUGGUUUCUAUAGAUGUGCAUCAGGAGAGUGUAUACCAUUACACAGUGUAUGUGAUGUUAGAUCAUCAUGCUCUGAUGGAUCAGAUGAAGGGAAGUUGUGUGCCAGUGCAUGUAAAGAUUCAGUUUGUAGGCAAGGUUGCCAUGCUACCCCUACUGGUCCUGUUUGUUACUGUGACUCUGGGUACAAGUUGACAAACGACAAUUUCACUUGCGUAGAUAUGAAUGAGUGUGCUGUACAGAAUGGAGGUUGUAGCCAGUUCUGCUUCAAUAAAAAUGGCAGCCAUGUUUGUUCCUGUGUAAAUGGUUACAGGUCAAGUGACAAUGGAAGACUCUGUACUGCAAAUAAUUUACGGCCAAGUUUUGUGAUUGGGACAUUAAGAGAUGGAGUAAUUGUAUUAGAUGAUCAUCAACAGAAACUUGACACUGACCUUAUUAAUAAUUUUGACAAGGUCACUACAUUGGAUGUAAACAUGCAAACAGGGGAUGGAUAUUUCUAUUCAAGCAAGGGAAUCCAUCUUUAUUCUUGGAAGAAAAGGGUGAUUAAAACUAUCAGUAAAAGACUGGAGUAUGUCAGUAGCAUAGCUUUUGAUUGGAUAGGAGAAAACCUGUAUGUCUCUGAUGAAAAGAAAGAGCACUUAUUGGUGUGUAGUGUGAAGGCUGUGCCACUGCAGUGUAGAACAUUGCUGUAUGAAGAGGUUGAUAGUGUGGCUUUGUAUCCAGAUAAAGGAAUUAUGUUCAUAAUUAGCGUAAAAAAGAAACAAAUUUUGAAAUUAUGUAUGAAUGGUACACAUCAUCAUGUGAUAGUAGACAGAGAUCUGAGCAUGCCCACUGACAUUGUAGUAGAUAUGCCAGCUAAUCGUAUUUACUGGGUAGACAAAGUCCUUGGCAGAGUUGAAUCAGCUACUUUGAAUGGAGAAGAUCGGUAUAUAGUUAUAGAAGAACUAUCCAAAUAUCAUUUUACUGCAUUGGAUGUGUUUGAGAAUGACAUUUAUGUAACAGAUCAGAAAUCAGGUUCAUUAUUAAAGAUGGGCAAAUCUGGAGGAAACCAACCAGAAAUUGUAUUAAAAGGAAUAAAUAUGCCAUCUUGUAUCAGAGUUAUCCACCCUUUGUUACAGAAGCACGAUAAAAAUGUUUGCCAGCCUUUGAAUUGUUCACAGCUAUGUUUGUUGACAAGAAAUGGAGCAGAAUGCUCAUGUUUUGAUGGUUAUCUCUUACAUAACAAAACACAGUGUAUAGAUAUAAGAGAGAAAUCUGUUCCAAACAUGACUCCUCAAGGGGGAGAUAAACCAACCUUAGUUUCAACAUUAUGGGAAACAACCCGUUCAGAACACACAACAACCAUUUCAACCACACACCAACAGAAAAUUGUCCAGUCAACCAAAAUACCCACAGAUAAUUCUUCAGAUGUUUAUAAGAUCGUUCCAACAAUACAUGAGCCAGAAAUCCUGAAGGCUAAUAAUUCAAAGGGUCAGCCAUGUUAUUUACCAUGUCAUCAUGAUGGCCAUUGCUUCUAUACUAAACUUGAACCCAAGUGUAUUUGUAAGCCUGGCUACCUUGGUAAACUCUGUGAACGAGAAGACGACAGUAAUCACCAGUCUUAUACCUGGGUUAUAGGAGUAGUAAUUGUUUUAUUGUCACUAGUGAUGGCUGCUGCUUAUAUUUAUUUCAUCAAAUAUAAAAGAGAUGGUUACCAUUACAUUCCAUGUAGAAAGAAGCCAGAUGAUAGUGAGGAAGGUUUGGUUACAGAGAUGACAUACCGUCCUACCAUAUUUGGCAAUGGUGUGUUCCAAGAUAUGAACGAUAUAAAUUAUCCUCCAGAUUUUUCUGAUUCUGUCCUAAACUUAUCCUGUCAGUCAGUAGACUCAGCUUUUGUUAGCAAACAUGAGGAAUCAGACAGCGAAACAUCACCGAGUCCAGAAAGUACUGGUCGAUACAGUUACGUACAGAUAUAAAAUGGAUUAUUGAAAAUCCAUGUUUUAUUGGUGUCUGCCCCCUGAAUGGGAAUCAUUUAACCCUUGUCAGAUUGACCGUCCAGUUUUAACUAAAAUUACUCUGUGUGAAAGAACUUGUAUAUACACCAAAAUUUUAAAACUUUCUUUCUUGAUUGAUUGGUUGACAAAUAGUUAUGCAACAUUAUCACUCUUCUGUAAGCGUAAUGUAAGAGUAUGGAUUGAAAAAAUUACUUCUGAAUUGAUCAAUAAUAUAUACACUUUGAAGAAUCCUUUUAAUAUUGACUACCAAAUAGAUAAGCUAAAAGUUAUAUGUAAUGAAUAUUUUAAUGUAGUUAUUUUGCUUGUUUUUUUUUCUAAACACACUUCAGUGACACUGAGGUGCAGAUACUAUUAUUUAUUGUAAAGUUAUUUAAAGAUAUUUAUAUUUUUUAUAAACUUAUUUAGGUAUAUUUAUUGUUACAAUAUUAAAUCUUCUCACUGUAGAAUUGUGUUUUGAUACAAGAUUUGUUAUAAAUUUUUUACAGUUGUUUGUACUUAUACGCUGUUGUCCAUUUUUUCACAAUAAAACUUAAAAUAUGA